UCUCUCUCUCUCUCUCUCUCUCUCUCUCUCUGCAAAGCCCUAAAAUUUCUCCGAUCUCGCCAUACCCAUCACUUCCCGGCCGGACCCAGACUCGAUUACCCGCCUACCGGACCUGACCCAGUUUGCAUUUCCCCGCACUGACCCACUCGGAGUUGGAAAAGAUAGGGUUUAGUGUGUGAGAGAGAGGGAGAUGGAGGAGGAGAAACCCUAGAAGAGUCCCUGAUCUUUUCGGAAUCAGGUUUUCCGGCGAGACCCGAAACAGAGGACACGAUCCGAUUGUGGUUUAACCGGUUAGGAAGUUGACGGAAUUGGAGAAGGUGAAAUGUACAAGAAUCAGCUGCAGGAGCUUGCGCAGAGGAGCUGCUUCAACCUCCCUUCGUACACCUGCAUAAGGGAAGGUCCUGAUCACGCGCCAAGGUUCAAGGCCACUGUCAACUUCAAUGGCGAGGUGUUCGAGAGUCCACACUACUGCUCCACUCUCCGCCAGGCUGAGCACUCCGCAGCCGAAGUCGCUCUCAACGCACUCUCUAAUCGAGGCCCUUCUUACUCUCUCGCCGCCAGGAUCUUGGAUGAAACGGGUGUGUACAAAAAUCUGCUGCAAGAAAUAGCCCAAAGAGUCGGGGCUCCUCUACCACGAUACACGACCUUCAAGUCUGGCCUCGGCCACCAACCUGUGUUCACCGGCAUCGUGGAAUUAGCUGGAAUCACUUUCACUGGGGAGCCUGCUAAGAACAAGAAGCAAGCCGAGAAGAAUGCCGCUAUGGCUGCCUGGUCUUCCCUUAAACAAUUGGCGAAAGAAAUGUUGAGUUCUCCAUCUGAGCCAGAGAACACCGAUGAACUAGAACAGGUGACCAUAGCACGAGCUUUGAUAAAUUACCGUAUCAAGGAAAAUAUUGGAACAGGAAGCUCCUCUAGCGCCUCGGUCCCAUUUGCGAAGAAGUUUUUCGUUCAAAACCCUAGACCCACAAGCCCUCAGCCUUUGCAUGCCGCCACUUCGAAGAUCUUACCCUUUAUUUGUCCAAAAGUCGCCUCUAGAAGCAGAACCGUCGCCACAUCUUCUGGUGACAGAACCUCGGAGAACCGCAGCUAUCGCACUCAGCAGAGAUUCCCAGCUCCAGGAGCAACUCCUUAUGUUCUGAUGAGACAGUUCAGAUCAACAUGUCAUGGAAUGGCUCCACCUGUUACGAUCAGAACGGCUGUGCCUGUCUUCUCUGCACCUCCAAUGCCCCCACCUUCUACCGCCGCUUCCACUGCUCAGCCGCCCUCUGCUUUUGUUCCGUCACUGAUGCGGACUGCUGCUCCUGUUAGAAUCGCACCGCCCGUCACCAUUAGACCUGCAAUGCCUGUUUUUACUGCACCGCCGGUCAAAAAGGAAGAACCUUUACCCGUCAAGAAAGAAAAUACCGAGACCACUGAAGUUCGAGACCAAGAAGAUGAGAGCAUGGCAUUGGAUAACACUGUUUUGCCUGAUACUUUGGCAAUCGGAGAAGCAGUGGCUGAGAAAACAGAUGCAGAAAGUUUUGCAACAAACCCUGAAGCCGAGAAAGUAAACCCGGAGGAGGACGUGAAAGAGGCAGAGAGGACAGCUUCCUCGGGAGAAUCCGAGACAGCACGACAGUGCCUGGAAGAACUCGAAAUCUGAGAGGAAAUUGCAAGAAACAUAUUGAUUGCGUCUGUUUUUUUUUUUUUCUUGAGGUUGGCAUCUCUCUCUGUUAUGAUCUUCUUUGUUUUUGGUUAUGAUUUCAACUCUUUGUUUAGAGUCCGACAGGGCACUUUCAUUACCAGCAGCAGCAGCAGCAGAAGAAGGUUUGUGUAUUAUAUAUUGGGAAGUUUAGGAAGCGCCUUUGAUUUAUAGCGUUUUGUAUCAGUAUCUUCUAUACGCUUUGCUAUUUCUGUUUUGCACUUUUCUUUUUUUC